GUAAUAUCCAGCAGCAGUUAGUUCAGGUAAAAAAAUCGCAUACUGCAAAUUAGUAAGAUAAACUGAAACUUCGUUUAUCUGGUUUCUGCAUAAGAUCAUGGCUUUCAGAUCAAUGUACCACUGGAAACAAAUGUCGACCGGCUUACGCCGAUACGCCACCGCGACCUCUCCGAAGAUGAAACCCUACGCCCCGGCUGCCGGUGCCACCGAAAAUCCCCAACAGAGCUACUUCAAAAGGUUCAUGAGGGGCGACUUUGUGCCGGUCUACGUGGCUGUCGGGAUGAUAGCGCUGUCGGUGGCGCUGGGGCUCCACACCGCCAAGCAGCACCUGAGGUACAACCCCCACGUCUACGUGAAGAAGAACCGGAGAGAGACGCUGCCGGAGGUGGUGGAGCCGGAGCGCGUGGUGGAGGAGUCUGACAAGUUCAUUCAAAAUUCGUUUUUCAGGAAGGUGGCGCAUGUCCAGGAGUUCGACGACUACAAUCACGCCGUUAAGGAUCCGAUCCGGAAAGAUGUUUUCGCUCACAAACCCAAACCGCCCCGUUCAAAAACCGUGACUCUCAAGGACGUCGGAGUAGACCCUAUCCGUGCCCAACCCGAAGCUUAAUUAGUUCUCCACUUCUUUUUUUCUUUUUUCCACUCUCGGGUUUUUCACUUGCGUGAAUUUCUUGUAUUUAUCUUUUUAGCUUAUGGCUUUAUAGUGACGGAUGAUGGUUUGUUGCU